CGAGUAUCAUCUUUACUUCUUUAGUGUUGGUUAUCAAUAAUCUGAUCCCGUCACGAUAAUAGUUUGGAUACCAGACCCUCGAUCCAUGUUAAGAUUGCUUAACCCCUAUGAAUAAAGCCCAACUCAAUAGACAAAAAAAAAAAAAAUCCUCACGCAUUUCCACUUUCCCCUUUCUCAAGUCACGCAUUCCUUAGGGUUUUACCUACUUCAUCAAUUCAUCACAAUUUCCCCCCUUUUCAACCCUUAAACCCUAAGAACUCAACUUGCAUUUUUCUCUCUCCUCCAUUUUUCUGCCAUGGGAAGCCAGCAAGCUGCCAACAUCCUCAACAGCGUCGCUAAAACAGCAUUAGGCCUCGGUGCCUUAGGCGCCCUCGCCAAUUCCGCCCUCUACACCGUUGACGGUGGCGAGAAGGCCGUCAUCUUCGACCGUUUUCGCGGGGUUCUCGAAGAAACUGUCGGCGAAGGUACUCAUGUCCGAAUUCCAUGGCUCCAGAGUCCUUACAUCUUCGAUAUUCGUACUCGACCUCACAAUUUUUCAUCAAUGUCUGGUACUAAGGAUCUUCAGAUGGUGAAUCUUACUCUUAGGGUUUUGUCUCGCCCUGAUCAGAAUCGUCUUCCUCAUAUUUUUCAGACUCUUGGGUUGGAGUAUGAUGAGAAGGUUCUUCCUUCUAUUGGUAAUGAAGUUUUGAAGGCUGUUGUUGCUCAGUUUAAUGCUGACCAGCUUCUUACUGAUCGUCCUAGGGUUUCUGCUCUUGUCAGAGACAGCUUGAUUAAGAGGGCAAAGGAUUUCAACAUUAUACUGGAUGAUGUGGCAAUUACUCACCUCUCAUACGGUGCAGAAUUCUCAAGAGCAGUUGAGCAGAAGCAGGUGGCACAGCAGGAGGCUGAGAGGUCCAAAUAUGUGGUUAUGAAGGCUGAUCAAGAGAGGCGUGCGGCAAUCAUUAGGGCCGAGGGAGAAAGCGAGUCUGCUAAAUUGAUUUCUGAUGCAACUGCAUCUGCGGGAAUGGGCCUGAUUGAGUUGAGGAAGAUUGAAGCUAUGAAGGAGAAUGCAGCAACAAUGGGAAGGAGUUCCAAUGUGACCUACCUGCCCAACGGAAAUCAGAUGCUUCUGGCAAUGAAUGCACCUGGUGCUCGUUAAGAGCAUGGCUUGGGGUACGAGUGAAGAUUGUCAACAUCUUCAGCAAAGCAGUAUCUUUAGGGUUUUUAGUUGGUGGGAAUAUUUGAUACUGGACGUGAAACAUUUUCAGCAUUGAGGAUUAGACUAUUAAUGAUCUUGGUGGCGAAUUAAUAUUUGUCUAAGCUGUUGAUAUUUUAUCUUUUGUUACAAUAACCAAUAUGUUACCCAUAAAUUGCGAGCUGUUUAACCACGUGUUGUGGUGGGAGUAGCAUUCAUUUUGAUUUUGCCCAAAUUUGAGUAAUAUGCUCUCUUUCCUGAGAAUGGGUUUAAAAAUGUGUUCAUGUUUGAUGCUAUCAUUUUACUCUCUCCAUUUUAAAUACUUAUUCAUUUCUACUUUUUGCACUA